AUGGCAUCGUCGGGCCCCCAGGGGAACCCCCACCAGGCCAUCCUGCUUCAACCUCCAUUCUUCACGAUCCCGGGCGUCAGCUCGUCGUCAUCCGUCUCGGCACAGAUGGAACAGAUCGACCAGCUCAACACUCUCCUGCUUCAAGAGAUUGAUGCCAACUUUGCAAAGUUCCACCAGAUCGUCACCAGCCGUAUCCUCCCCGACAUUAAGAAGUUUAGUCUCGACGAUCGUCCGACCCGUGAUGCCGCUGCAUUCUGGGCCACCUUCUUUGCACGCGCAAGCGGUACCGCCGACGAAGGACCGUCCUUUACAAACUCGUUUGCCGAGCCCAGUGUGAUUGACGAGCACACCAUGACGCUCCCAGAGGGGUCGUUUGCGUUUGACCCAGCCACAUCGUCGACACCCUUGCCGCGCAAGGCCAACGACAGCUGGGAGUCGAGCAUUGGCUCGCCGUUUGACCGUGUCGACACCCAACUGGGCGCGCUGCGGAUUGGCAACGACGACUCGAGCGAGAUGCCCACACCGUCACUGCCAAGUGGAUACUCGCCGCUCCCUGCCGACGAGUACAACUACGACGCGAGCACGGGCACCGUGGACCCCAACGAACUGCCGAGCUUCACGUCGCGUCUACAGGCGUCCAUUGCUGCCCAGCCUCGUCAACCCCCAGUGCCCGCGCCGGCUCCGGCACCAGUACCCACGCGCGCGCCGGCGCAGCCGUCCAACGUGUUUGACGACGACGACAGCGAUCUGCCCACACCCCGUGCACCCGCCAGGUUUGCUUCCCCGGCACGUCCCCGCCCAAGCACACAUCUUAUCGACCUGACAGCCACGCCUCUGAACGCAAAGUACAUGCGUCCGACUCCAAAGGCCACCUCCGUCUUUGCCGCCACCCAUGCCCCCGUCGGUGGCCCCUCUACGUCCUCGGCAUCCAUCCCUGCCCCUGCCCCGCGCAACAUCUUUGAUGAAGACGACGAGUUUGAUUUCCCAAUGUCCCCGCCGGUGACCAUGAGCUUCCCGCUGCCUCCGCGAGCCCAGGCCAUGACUGACCUGGCGCGCACGCCCGCAAAGGUCCCUCCUCCUCGUCUCGCCGCCGCUGCCGCCUCAAGCGCGUCCGCCUCGGGCUCGGGCUUGGGCUUGGGUUUCGGCUCAGACGAUAAGCAGAUCGGCGACCUCCUCGAGGAGAUUACACGCGGGUACGAGCCAUCUCCGCGCCUGCCCACGCCCGAGGGCUUGGGACGAUACAGUAUCCUUCCGUCGGACCUGGGACCCGGCCGCCGCCUGUUCGACACGAGUGUCGCCAGCGACGCCGAGCCCGCAGUACGCCCGCGUGCGCCCCGGCGGUCGGUGGCCAACACGUCCUUUGGGUCUGACAUCCAGACGACCGAGGACGAGCCCGGCCGCGUGAUUGGCGACGACGAGGACAGCGACAGCGACGACGGCGACAGUUUCGACGACACGACCAUGGGCGGCAGCGGCCUCGGCGGCGCCCAGCACAUUGCCCAGAUGCAAGGGUUCGAGUUUGUCGACGACGACAGCUACGUGUCCGACGCGUCGUUUGCCCAGGCCCAAGCCCACCACCACGGGGGCGAGUUUACCGACACGCAUGUCGGUGGCGGCCGCGCCGAGACCGAGGCCAGCGAGGUGUUUGGUCGUCCGGGCGCACCGGCGGCCCAGCACCGCCAGUUUGCACUCAUGCAGCAGGACGAGAUGCUCACGUACCAUGGUGGUCGGCUCGAGGAUGCCGAGCAUCCCGAUAGCCCCACCGGUGCGAGGCGGUGA